AUGGUCCCCACUCGGUCACCACCUCGGCGAGUCCGCUCAACCCUAACCAUUUCUUAUCAUUUACAAUGGCCAAGAUUAAGAUCGGUAUCAAUGGUGCGUGAUUCAUCACUCGUCUCGUUGAUCGGGCGUUUGGUUGCUAGAGUUGCUUUGCAAAGAGAUGAUAUUGAGCUUGUUGCUAUCAACGAUCCUUUUAUCACCACCGAUUACAUGACCUACAUGUUCAAAUACGACACCGUUCAUGGGCAAUGGAAGCACGGAGAUAUCAAGGUCAAAGAUGAGAAAACUCUUCUUUUUGGUGACAAGUCAGUCGCUGUUUUUGGGGUCAGAAACCCAGAGGAGAUUCCAUGGGGUGCGGCUGGUGCAGAGUAUGUUGUUGAGUCCACUGGCGUUUUCACUGACAAGGACAAAGCUGCUGCUCAUUUGAAGGGUGGUGCAAAGAAGGUGAUUAUUUCUGCUCCUAGCAAGGAUGCUCCUAUGUUUGUUGUGGGUGUCAAUGAGAAGGAGUACAAGCCUGAACUUGACAUUGUCUCCAAUGCCAGCUGCACUACCAACUGCCUUGCUCCUUUGGCCAAGGUCAUUCAUGACAAGUUUGGUAUUGUUGAGGGUCUUAUGACUACUGUCCACUCAAUUACUGCCACACAAAAGACUGUUGAUGGACCAUCAAUGAAGGACUGGAGAGGUGGUAGAGCUGCUUCCUUCAAUAUCAUUCCCAGUAGCACUGGAGCUGCUAAGGCUGUCGGGAAAGUGUUGCCUGCACUCAAUGGAAAGUUAACUGGAAUGGCUUUCCGUGUUCCCACUGUUGAUGUCUCAGUGGUUGACCUCACUGUAAGAAUUGAGAAGAACGCCACAUAUGACCAGAUCAAAGCAGCUAUCAAGGAGGAAUCUGAGACCAAUCUGAAGGGAAUCCUCGGUUAUACUGAGGAUGAUGUUGUCUCAACUGACUUCUUGGGUGACAGCAGGUCAAGCAUUUUUGAUGCCAAGGCUGGAAUUGCAUUGAACGAUAACUUUGUGAAGCUUGUCGCGUGGUAUGACAAUGAAUGGGGUUACAGCUCUCGCGUGAUUGACUUGAUCCGUCAUAUAGCCUCUGUGCAAUGA